CACACGGUUGUGUUUAUGAGAGGUGACUAAUCAUGGGUAGCUGGAAUUCAUGAAACAGCCAAAAUGUCUUCAAUCCUAGGACUCCCUACACGAGGGACAGAUGCAACAAUUCUCAUCACCACGGUCCACUUGCAUCGCCUAUGUGCGCUUGUUGAAUUCUGGGCAACAUUUGACCAGGAGAAGACAGCAGAUUAUGAAUGCCUUGCCAAAGACAUUCAAUCUCCUGGAAACACAUUUCAAGAGUUUGAAGGAAAUCCUGGUGACCAGUGCUUGGUUCAGAUAGAUGGUACUUGGUACAGAUCCCGCAUUGUCUCAAGAAAUGGCUCGAAAUACAGUGUGUUCCUCAUUGACAAAGGGAGGACAUAUAACACUGCCACAAGCAAGCUGGCGUGGGGUAGGAAGAAACACUUCCACCUGCCACCUGAAGUGGAAUUUUGUGUGCUAGCUAAUGUGUUACCACCCUCACCUGAGAAUACAUGGUCUCCAGUGGCUCUCGAAUUUCUGAAAUCUCUCUCCGGGAAGUCGUUGAAGGCACAUGUGCAAGAUGUCCUGGUGCGGCAAAGAACAUUUCUCCUACACAUCCCUUGCAUAUCCAAACAAAUGUAUGAGAUGGGAAUUGCUAAGAAGCUGUCGCCAAAUGUGUUUCAGGACUUUGUUGUUGCAUCACUGCAGUCCCAUAGUGGAGCUGAAAUGUCUCCAGAGACUCAAAUAUCCAUGGGAGCAGGUGAGCGACUACACAAGAAAGAGCUCUUCAUGUACCCAGAGCUUGAAGCUGGAACUGUCGAGACGGUCAUAGUCACAGAAGUGACAAAUCCACAGCGGAUCUUUUGCCAGUUAAAGGUUUUCUCACAAGAGUUGAAGAAACUCUCAGGGAAAAUCACACAGUGCUGUGAGGGCAGAACAACCAAUUGCAUUGUAGGUCCAGAAAUGAUUGGGUUUCCAUGUGCUGCAAGAGGAAAUGAUGGCAGGUGGUACCGCUCUGUCCUGCAACAGGUAUUCCCAACCAACCAAGUGGUAGAAGUGUUGAACGUUGACUAUGGAACAAAACAGUUUGUUCAAGUGGAGAAUGUAAGACCACUGGCUGCAGAGUUUUUCAGGAUGCCUGUUGUGACUUACAUCUGUUCCCUCCAUGGAAUCAUUGACAAUGGGGUUGGAUGGACAACCAGCCAGAUUGACUAUCUCAGGACCCUUCUUCUGCACAAGACAGUGGUUGCCAAAUUUCAAUACCAAAGCAUUUUUGAGGGCGUUCACUAUGUCACACUCUAUGGGGAUGAAAGCACAAACAUUAAUGACUUGUUUGGUUCUAAGGAGAGCUGUUUUCUGCAGAAUGAAAAAACUCUUGGAGAUUAUGCUAUCCGUAGCACUGCACAGAGCUGCAAGCAUCAAGCUCAGCAAGAAAAAAAUCAAAGAAAGACGUUGACUCCUGGACAGGCCAUAGAGGACAAAGAAGGGAAAGGAACAGUCGAGAAGUUGCCAUCUGAAGACCUUUCUCUCAACUCCUCACUGGUGGCAGUUGUUCAGCACGUAUCUGACCCAUCAGAGUUUUGGAUCCAAACACAGAACUAUGCAAAUGAGUUGGAUGAACUGAUGGAUAAUAUCUACCAUCUGUACAAAGAUUCAGUAAAUAAAGACGUGGUGAGAAAUCCAACUGUUGGGCUGUACUGUGCUGCCAAAGCAGAAGAUGGUGACUUUUAUAGAGCAACGGUGGCUGAAGUUAGUGAGACACAAGUCAAGGUGUUCUUUGUUGAUUAUGGAAACACUGAAGUGGUUGACCGGAUGAACAUCAGAACCCUUCCUGAUGAGUUUAAAAAGCUUCCAUGUCUUUCACUGAAAUGCAGCCUGGCUGGUGUCAAACCCAAGGGUGGGAGAUGGAUUCAAAGUGCCUGUGAGCUUUUCAUCAAAGCAGUCACAGGUAAAGAACUAAUUGUACAUGUGACCGCAAAAUAUGAUGAGGGUUAUGUUGUCCAACUAACUGAUCCUGAAGCACAGGAAGAAAGAGAUCUUAGUACACUGAUGUGUAUUUCUGGCCUUGCUGAAAGGGCUGAGAAAUGGAGUCAACCCAAAGCCCAAAUGACCAUGCAACCUGCCAUUCUGCCACAACUUCCAGAUGCCAGGCUCUCAGGUGUAUACAGAAACAAAGAAACGCCUUCCCAGACCCAAAACACAGUCAGCCCUGGCAGUAAUGAAAGAAGAAUUCUUACAUUUAAGGAGCACAUGUUUCCCAUUGGAAGUGUCCUCGAUGUCAUUGUGUCCUACAUCAAAAGCCCAAAUGACUUUUGGUGCCAACUACUACAAAAUGCAGGACACUUGAAACUGCUCAUGCAUGACAUACAGGCUCAUUAUGCAAGCACUGAGUUCAAGCCCCUUGUGGAAACUGCUUGUGUUGCUCGCCACCCUGAUAAUGGAAUGUGGUACAGGGCCCUUGUAAUUCACAAACAUGAAACGCCUGAUGUGGAUGUGUUGUUUGUUGACUAUGGCCAGACUGAGACAGUCCCCCUCUGUGACCUGAGAAAGAUCAGCCCACAAUUCCUCGUUCUGCAAGGCCAAGCUUUUCGAUGCAGUCUGUUAAACCCUGUUGACCGUAUGUCUGCUAUAAAUGAGUGGAAUGAAGAAGCAGUAGCAAGGUUCCACAGCUUUGUGGAAACUUCGUCAUCCAACUUUGUGAUUUUGAAGUGCACCGUAUAUGCUGUCAUGUACAGUGAGCAGAAGAUUGUUUUCAACAUGGUGGAUCUAGAAACUCCCUUUGAGAGUAUCUGCACCAGUAUGGUCAAUUUAGUCAAAAAUGCCCCUCUCAAGAAAGCUGCUGCGCCCUCUUUCCGUCUGGACACAUACUACUACUCGACGCACAAUGUCAAAACUGGAACAGAGGAACAGGUCAUGGUGACACGUGUCAACACUGUCGGUCAGUUCUACUGCCAGCUCGAGAGGAACGCUGAUGUGAUAAAAGAUCUCAAGAUCAAAGUGAGCAAUCUCUGUCAUCAGCUUGAGAAUGUAAAGCUCCCAACAGUCUUUGGAACUUUGUGCUUUGCAAAGUACACUGAUGGACAGUGGUACAGGGGACAGAUCAAGGCAACAAAGCCAUCAAUUCUGGUUCACUUUGUUGAUUAUGGUGACACUAUUAAGCUGGACAAAUCCGACUUGCUUUCAGUUCCCAAAGAGGCUAUUGAUAUCAUGUCUGUGCCUGUGCAAGCAGUCAUGUGUAGUCUCUCUGAUGUCCCUACCAAUGUUCCCAGUGAGGCAAACCGCUGGUUUGAGACAAGUUCGACAGAAUGUAAAUUUCGAGCACUAGUUGUGGCCAGAGAACCUAAUGGGAAACUACUGGUUGAGCUGUAUCAUGGAAACACUCAGGUUAAUUCAAAGAUCAAGAAGCUGUUUCAGAUUGAGAUGCAAACAAAAAUGACAGUUGUCGACCAGGGCUGGAUAGCACUUAAGGAGGCUUCAGCUCAUCAUGCACAAAAGACUCUAAAAGCUGUCCCAAAACAAUCUGCAGAAAUGGAAGAUGCUCAAACCAUCACGAAAAAUGAAUCGGCCACAAAAAAAGCAUGUCAGAUGAAUGAUGCCAACAUGAAUCUGUGGUUUGCACCAACAAAUGGUCGGAAGAUGAAAGGUCCGUUAGAACUCUACAUACCUCCACACCAAAGGCAGUCAUGUAGAAAGACACCACGUAAUACAGAAAAUAGUUAUGAGCUGAAAAGUGCCUGUAUCGAACCAAGAAAGGAAAUACUUUCUACAGAAACUAAAUGGCUCACCAAUUCCAAGUCACCCGACACAGAAUCUCAGAAAGAAAGCAAUGCAGAAAGAUUCCCUAAACUUGCUGACCUGCCAUGGAAAUCUAUCACAUCAGAUAUGAAAGCAGAUGUUUAUAUCUCUCACUGCAAUGGCCCAUUGAGUUUCUAUGUGCAACUUGUCAGAGAGGAGGAUGGAAUAUUCUCCCUUGUGGAAAAGCUAAAUGACCCCCAAUUCACCCCCCAAACCAACGACCUCAAAGACAUGCAUCCAGGUGACCUUGUUCAAGCCGAGUUUGCAGAUGAUUCCGCAUGGUAUCGAGCUGUUGUAAGAGAGAUCCACGGCAAUACGAUGGCUCUUGUUGAGUUUAUUGAUUUUGGAAAUGCAGAAACAGUGCCAAUAUCCAAAAUGGGCAGACUCCAUAAGUCUUUCUUGCAAUUUCCCAUGUAUAGCACACAUUGUAUGCUGAGUGAAGCUGCAUGUCUUGGAAAACAGGAAGUGCUUGACCCAGAAGUGGUGUCAGCUUUCAAAGAAGAUAUCGGUGGUAAUGGAGAAAAGGUGCUCAAGUGCCAGUUCAAGAGGCAGUCAGGAUCUAUGUGGGAAGUCAGUAUUGAAGACAGUGGUGUGAAUGUCAUCUAUAAAGUACCUACGAGAUGCUCAACUGAUGGUUCUGAAAUCGCCUCAGAGAAACUUGAACAAGUAGAGACAAAUCCCGCCCUGAGCUCUGACAUCAGGAAGGUGCCAGAUAAUUCGACGAAAUCGCUGCUCAACUCUUGCUCUCUAUGUUAUCACCACCAAGACUUUUUAGAGGGACAACAUUUAGAGAUCUACAUCACAGUUAUAAAUGAUGCUCAUACCUUUUGGUGUCAGUCUGUGGACUCAGAAGAGCUCAAUAAGAUAACAUCAAGCGUUUCAGAAGUGGGGGAUGCAGCCGAUCACAAACGUAUUGACCCAGGCUCUCUCUCCCCUGGCAGCCCAUGUAUUGCCCUCUUUUCAGACGAUUCUUUUUGGUACCGUGCAGUGGUCAUCGACAAAGAUGGAGAUGAGUUGACUGUUCUCUUUGUGGAUUAUGGAAACGAAUCCCAAGUCAACAUUACAGAUGUGAGGGAAAUGCCCCCUGACCUGAUGGAAACUCCUCCACAGGCAUUUAUGUAUGAGCUUGAAGGCUUUGAUUCAUCACACGGAUCCUGGGACAGUGGUGCAGUAGAAGAGUUGUCUGCACUUACAAAAGACAAAGUAUUAAAGCUGACUGUUACCAGAGUAACAAGAGAAGAAGGAAACGCCAAAUGCCUUGUGCGGCUGGAAUGUGAGGGCCAGGUGAUAAAUGAGGCACUGAAAUCUUGGUGGAAGAGCUCCACAACAGAAAACAAACCUGCUGCAGUUGGACUGGCAACUUCAUAUGAAACACCAAUAGAAUGUGACUCAACGGUGAAAGAGACCGCACCACCCGAGGAUCAACUAUGCAAAGAAAUGAAUGCCACUGAUGCUUGCAUUCACAAUGUCAGUGAAAAGCAGAGCACUUGUGACCUCCUUGACCCCUAUGCAUAUAUUUUACCAUGUGAUAGUUGCAUAGAUGAAACCAUGUUACCUCCACUUGAUAACAAAGGUGACAAAGUUACUGAAGAGGGUUUUUCAUUGAUGGACAUUUGCCCAAUGCAAGAUGACCUAAAUUCUCCAUUGGAUGAGAACCCUACGGAGGCCAUAGACAAGUCAGAGAUGGCAGCAACUGACUUGGAGUCUCUGCCAGAAGAGGUUAAUACCAACAGCAUGGAGAGCACCGAGAAUUUCUCUGAUCCAACUGAGGACAGAGACGACGCCAAGGUUAUCAUUGCAAGGGAUAAUUAUCAUACCAGUACGACAACAGUGAAAAUGGUUUCCCGUGAAGCUGUUUGUUGCAGGGAGAGUGUUGAUCUGCUUGAGACGCAGGAUGACAUUUCUGAAGACUUAAAGCAGAUUGAGACUGAACUGGUGCUGCCCUCCCGUGUGCCUCCUGCACUUGAUGCUCUUACAGAGCAGGACAUUGACACUGGAGAUGGUGUCUCAAAGGAAGAGCAGCCAUGUGAUACCACACAAGUUGAGAAUGACUUGAUGACUGGGGAGGAGACCUUGGCUCAUAACGAGAAGACUUAUUCAGCCCUGCUAUCUGACUCUGACACAGCCAGUGAGCCACAGACCUGCACAGCUCCCUCCCAAGAUGUGCGUGACGAGAUAGAAGAGGUGACCUGUUCUGUUGAAGAGUCCGGUCUGACCGAUGUCUGCACAGAUCCAAAUGAGCCAAGUGAUGACUGCAAAGUCACCAGUGAGAGAGAUGAUUGUCUCGGCAGUAUGGCAGCAGAUGAAAUGGUCAUUUGCACCAAAGUCCAAAGUGAAUCGCAGGUUCCUUGUAAUGAACUUCUGUGUGAACAAUUAACUGAAACUCCCUCAGAGCCUGACAUCACCCUUUCCCUUCAGAAUGAAGCCACACUUAACGAGAAUAACUCUGAAGAUGACUCAUCGACUCUUCAUGAGGAUGAACUUUUAGCUCUGCCGUCUGAACCCGAGUCACAAGCCUCCACAGUUCCCUAUCCAGAUAUGAGUAACCUGGUUGAAGAGGUGACCUGUCUAGUCGGAGAGAUCUGUCUGACAGACUUCUGUAGAGAUCCACGACAAGAAGCUGAAAGGGAGGAGAGUGAGCAGCUGGAGCGUUCACCAGCAGACGCAGCGGAGGAUUUCAGCGGUAGUGAGGAGGAAAUGUCACCUGCUGAGGACAGUUUUGAGACCCUGCUGUCGAGGAUAACUCAUCUCUCUCUGAUCAUCAAUGAUGGUUUUGCUGAUGCUCAGCGUGUUGAGCAGCAGCCAGAGGAGUAACCCCCUUCUUGUUGUGUUGACCUUUAUCCUUUGGUCCGGUGGCUCAUGUCGUUGUUCCUAUUGAAAACCACCUUCUGGUUAAAAGUACCUUUGUACCGUAAGAGUUUGUUCUGAUAAACUGCCACAUAGUUAUUUGGGAAGUAUUUAAUCUUGUUUCUUGAAUGUGUUGUGGAAGCAGCCGUUUAAGAGUGUUUUCUGUUGUGUGGGUACAUGCAUGUGUUGAAGAUAUUUUUGUUGGCACAAUAAAUGCCUUUACAGAU